GCGGCGGCGGGCGCGCAGGACCCGCACGCCAAGCACCUGUACACGGCCGACAUGUUCACGCACGGGAUCCAGAGCGCCGCGCACUUCGUCAUGUUCUUCGCGCCCUGGUGUGGACACUGCCAGCGGCUGCAGCCGACCUGGAACGACCUGGGAGACAAGUAUAACAGCAUGGAAGACGCCAAGGUCUACGUGGCCAAGGUGGACUGCACGGCCAGCUCGGACGUGUGCUCCGCCCAGGGCGUGCGCGGGUACCCCACCUUAAAGUUUUUCAAGCCUGGCCAAGAAGCUGUGAAGUACCAGGGUCCUCGGGACUUCCAGACGCUGGAAAACUGGAUGCUGCAGACGCUGAACCAGGAGCCGGCGACACCAGAGCCAGCAGUAGAACCGCCCAGAGCCCCUGAGCUCAAGCAGGGGCUGUACGAGCUCUCAGCGAGCAACUUUGAGCCGCAUGUCGCACAAGGCGACCACUUUAUCAAGUUCUUCGCUCCGUGGUGUGGUCACUGCAAAGCCCUGGCUCCGACCUGGGAGCAGCUGGCGCUGGGCCUUGAACAUUCCGAAACUGUCAAGAUUGGCAAGGUCGAUUGUACACAGCACUACGAGCUCUGCUCGGGGAACCAGGUCCGCGGCUAUCCCACUCUGCUGUGGUUCCGAGACGGGAAGAAGGUUGACCAGUACAAAGGGAAGCGGGAUUUGGAGUCCCUGAGAGAGUACGUGGAGUCACAGCUGCAGAGGACAGAGCCGGGCGCCCCAGAGACCGAGACUGCUGCGCCCUCGGACGCCCCCGGGCUGGCCGCCAAGCCCGAGGCCAGCAAGGGCACUGUGUUGGCGCUCACUGAAAAUAACUUCGAUGACACUAUUGCAGAAGGAAUAACCUUUGUCAAGUUUUAUGCUCCAUGGUGUGGUCAUUGUAAGAAUUUGGCUCCUACCUGGGAGCAACUUGCUAAAAAGGAAUUCCCUGGUUUGGCAGAGGUCAAGAUCGCUGAAGUAGACUGCACGGCAGAGCGGAAUACUUGCAGCAAGUACUCGGUACGAGGCUAUCCCACGUUGUUGCUUUUCCGUGGAGGGCAGAAAGUCAGUGAGCACAGUGGAGGGAGAGACCUCGAAUCGUUACACCGCUUUGUCCUGGGCCAGGCCAAAGACGAGCUGUAGCAACCCACCUGAAGUCGCCUCUGCGGCCGGGCCUUGUGCUCCCAAGCGUCGGGAGUUGAGUCACACAGACGUCUCCGGGUUCCACAUGACGGAAAGCUGAAUGUACUAAACUUGUGGUGUCUUCUUUGUGUGUGCGUUUCUUAAACCAACACACCCUACGGAUUCUUUACUAAGUUUCUCUGAGUAAAUGUGCAACUCGUGGUCACUGUGUAAACUAAAUAUUUUCAGUGUCAAUACAUCCCCUUGAACCUUCUCUGGAUGAAAUUUAAAUGGUUUUCUUUGAGACUAAAAUAGAGUUGAGGAAAAUCAAAUUGCUGGACUAUUUUUGGCUCCUGAGCGAUUUGGGGGAAAGCAUCAUUCAAAGUGCAGUUUUUUAACUGCCCCCGAGUUCCGGAAAGGUGGCUUUGUGGCAGUGUUGACCUUCCUCUGAUCGGAAGGUCACAAUUGGCUUAUUAAUAAUGUGGUAGGUCCGUAGCUUGGAGCAUAUUUAAAAACAAAAACCCACAUCCGGAAGAUACCUUCACAUCCACUACUGGAUUCUCUGUUUUUGUUAACACUUCUCUCGCCGGGAGAGGUCAG